AUGUCUCCCUGGGGCCGGAGGCUGAAGGAGCAGCAGGAGCUGGCGGCCGCCGUCAUCCAGCGCUGCUACCGCAAGUACAAGCAGUUUGCCCUGUUCCAGCGGAUGACGCAGGCCGCCAUCCUGAUCCAGAGCAAGUUCCGGAGCUACGCGGAGCAGAAGCGGUUCCAGCGGCGCCGGCGCGCGGCCGUGCUCAUCCAGCAGCGCUUCCGCAGCCUCCGGCAGCACCGGAGCACCUUCCUCACCCUCAAGCAGGACCAGGCGGCCCGGAAGAUCAUGAGGUUCCUGCGGCGCUGCCGCCACCGGGGGUGGGGUCAUGGGCAGGGCUUUGUGCUGAUGCUCCUCCCUCAGGAGUUGGCGGCACAGCAGGAGGAGGCGGAGCUUGAGCGCGGCGCUGCCCCCCCCGGCCCCCCAAACGACUACAAGGACAAAUACCGGCACCUGAUUGGCUCCGACGCCGCCAAAGCCGCCGCCCGCACCAUGGAGGCCAACAAGGCCUAUGGUUGUGUGCCGGUGGCCAACAAGCGGGACACGCGCUCCAUCGAGGAGGCCAUGAACGAGAUCCGGGCCAAGAAGCGGCUGCGGCAGGCGGAGGACGAGGGGGGGGCUGGGGGGGGUCCUGGGGGGCCCUCGGCGUGAUGGGGGGGUGGGGAGGGGGGGCUGCACCCCUGGGGGGUAUUUAACAGUGGGGGAGAAUGAUUGUGACACUCGAGAGCAGUAAUAAAGCGCUUCAACUC